CUUCGGCCCGCAGAAGUGAUCCCCACUCAGGAUGCGAGGACACCCUACCCGAUCCCGCAGACGAUCGGCUUCAGCACUGAGCGGAAUGGAAAACACCGCCCACCCAGACACUGUGAGCAUGCGCGAAGUUAAAAAUGACAAGGAAUUUGUCUACGGAAGUCUAGAAUACAACACACCAGUUUUGCUGUCUCUGUCCAGAUAUUUAAGAAGUGGAGCAAAGGAUUCACUCAAUCAUCCUUCCUGCUCAGACAGUGGGAAUGGAUUCAGUCGGUCGUUUCAACUGAAGGUACAUCAGCAAGUUCACACUGGAAAGGCCAUUCAUCUGUUCUGUAUGUGAGAAGGGAUUCAGUCAGUCUUCCCACCAGUGGACACACCAGUCAGUUCUCACUGGGCAGAGGCUGGUCAUCUGCUGAAUUUGUGGGGUAGGAUUCACUCGGUCAUCUGACCUAAUGGCUCACCAGCGAGUUCACACCAGGAAGCAGCCAUUCACCUGCUCAGACUGUGGGAAGGGAUUCACUUACCCAUCUAAACUGAAGGUACAUCAGCAAAUUCACACUGGGGAGAGGCCGUUCACCUGCUCAGACUGUGGGAAGGGAUUCACUCGGUCAUCUUACCUAAUGGUACACCAGCGAAUUCACACAGGACAGUGGCCGUUCUCCUGCUCAGAUUGUGGGAAGGGAUUCACUUGGUCAUCUCAACUGAAGGUACAUCAUCGACUUCACACUGGUGAGAGGCCGUUCACCUGCUCAGACUGUGGGAAGGGAUUCACUUCGUCAUCUCAACUGAAGGUUCAUCAGCGAGUUCACACUGGAGAGAGGCCAUUCACCUGCUCAGCCUGUGGGAUGGGAUUCACUCAGUCAUCUGAACUAAUGGCUCACCAGCGAGUUCACACUGGGGAGCGGCCAUUCACCUGCUUGGACUGUGGGAAGGGAUUCACUUGCUCAUCUCACCUGAAGGUACAUCAACGAGUUCACACCGGGGAACGGCCAUUCACCUGCUCAGACUGUGGGAAGAGAUUCACUAUGUCAUCUGAUCUACUGAAACACCAGUCAGUUCACACCAGAGAGAGGCCAUUCACCUGCUCAGACUGUGGGAAGGGGUUCACUCGGUCAUCUUACCUAAUGGUACACCAGCGAAUUCACACUGGACAGUGGCCGUUCUCCUGCUCAGAUUGUGGGAAGGGAUUCACUUGGUCAUCUCAACUGAAGGUACAUCAGCGACUUCACACUGGUGAGAGGCCAUUCACCUGCUCAGACUGUGGGAAGGGAUUCACUCUAUCAUCUCAUCUGAAGGAACAUCAGCGAGUUCAUACUGGAGAGAGGCCAUUCACCUGCUCAGACUGCGGGAAGGGAUUCGCUUCGUCAUCUCCACUGAAGGUACAUCAGCGACUUCACACUGGCGAGAGGCCAUUCACCUGCUCAGUGUGUGGGAAGAGAUUCACUUUGUCAACUGAUCUACUGAGACACCAGUCAGUUCACACCAGAGAGUGGCCAUUCACCUGCUCAGACUGUGGGAAGGGAUUCACUUCGUCAUCUAAUCUGAAGGUACACCAGCGAGUUCACACUGGGGAGAGGCAUUUUUCUGCUCAGACUGUGAGAAGGGAUUCACAUCGACAUCUAAAGUGAAGGUACAUCAGUGAGGUCACACACGGGAGAGGCCUUUCGUCUGCUCAGUGUGUGGGAAGGGAUUCACUCGGUCAUCCAACCUACAGAAACACCAGCGAGUUCACACCGGGUAGAGACCGAUCACCUGCUCAGACUUUGAUAAGAGAUUCUCUCAGCCAAAUCAACCAAAUGAGCAUCACUGAGUUCACACUGGGGAGAGGCCGUUCACCUGCUCUGAAUGUGGGAAGUGAGUCACUCAGUAAUCUAACCUUAUGUAACUCUCGCUUCGGCUAGCAGCUUAAUAUAGGGGGUGAUAGCCCCCCCAGCCCGGGAAAACUUAAGAUAUCGCAUUUGGAUGGAUGCUGCGUGAUGUGUCCCCUGUUAAAAAUCAGCACCCCAAAAUAACAAACAGUACACAAUAUGUGAUUAAACGAUUCAACUUUAUAAUUCUUACUUUGACUAUAUUGUUAGUGAAGAAAACAAAGAAAAAGAAAAGGGGCCCACUCUCUCCAUUCACGUCUUCUCAUCUCUCCCCAGCAAAAGACCAUGAAAUCUCUCUUCCAGACUCACGAGGAAGAACAUUUCUGUCAUUCGAUAGCCCCGCACUCCAAAACCCUGUUAUCUCUCAUCAUUACCUAAACAUUGCUGCUACAGAGAAAUCGUUACCUCAGCUGUGAAACAUUAGAGAAAGGCCAUUACAUGAGCAGUGAAACCUACAGCGUGUUACACUUGUGACACAUUACUGGGUUCACACUGGGGAGAAAGUUUCAACAAGCUGCAUGCUCGAUAUUUGUCCAUCAUUGUUUCGAAAGCAAUUUUGAGAGUGACUGUCAGUGCUGAACUCUGCAAUUAUUGCUGCUGCUCACCACACCCAGUCCUGCACCCUGAUCACUGGGCAUGGGAGGAGUUUCUUCUGCUGCAUAUUCACCUUUAAUGGGACUGGAGUUUAAUAUUCUGGAUCUGAGACAAAUAAAUCAGUUCUAUUUUAAACUCUGUCUCUAGUACUUAAUUAAUUUAUAACAUACCUCGUGUACAGUAGAGAGUCAACUCAGGCCGGUUGGACCCUGCCAGCGAUUCAGUUCCACAACAGUCCAUUUAAAUCCUCCCCUGUUGUUCCCCUCUCGCUCUCCCUGUGGUGAUGGGUUCCAAACAGUCACCACUCUGUGAGUUAAGAGGUUUCCCUUGAAUUUUCUGCAGACUGAAGAAGUCAAGCUGACUGCAGUUCUGUCUGAGAUAUUCUUCGCCCCUCUAAUCUCUGGGCUGAGGAAGAAUGACAUUGGUAGUUAACCUCCUUAAUCAUGACUCAUUUCCACAUUAUCGGUCAUUUUCCCUGCUUGUAAAGGGUUGUUAGAAAACACCACUGUCCUUUAAAGACAUGGGAACAGAAUGGGAAACCAUCAGUUGGAUGUUCAACGAAGCAGGGUCAGAAACCGGAGGCGGGUCUGCACAGGGCAGAGUUUGAGGCUGUGGACGAUGGUCAGGGUAAGAACGUAUGAUGAGGAGAAGGGAAUCAGCAGCGGGGCUUGGCAAUGUAUGUCAGAGUAACAACAUUUGGAAGCUGAUUGACAGGGAAAAUAAUUUGUUUGUCUGACUGAUGACACAAACAAUGAUUAUGGUGAGGUGCUCCACUAGUUGAGGAACAUGAGUGUGUUGGGAAUGAUUGUAUCUACUGAGGGAGUUGGUCCUGCUUGUUUAUCCUGUAAUAUUAUAUCCGGAUGGUUAUUAUGGAUUGUCCUAUUAGUAGUUAUGUAUUGAUUAUCAUACAAUUUGUAAGAUUUUGACUCUAAAACUGGAUCAGGCUUGAAUUUAUUGUGCCUUUAUGAUGUUACAGUGGUCAUUCAUGAGUUUGUAUUUUAAAGCAAGAUUUUGGUGAAUGAUAUUUGUCACUUGAUUGUACCUACUUAAGUAAUCAGAUUGAGUUAAAUUGCUGCAGGACUGUGUCUGAUUUCUCUUGGCAUUUUCUGCAUUUAUUGCCCUUUUUGUUUGCCUUUAAUGUAGUUUUUAUAUUUUAAAAUGUUAACUACCUUGUCCUGUAUUUCCCCAAGGAACCCCUGUUUCUGGGAAGAGGUCUCCAACUCUGAGUCAGGCUCGCAAUGCUUCCCUGUUACCAGCUAGUGCUCAGAUCAUUGGGAUGUCUCCCAUGGAGGGUCACACUCAUUCCACUGGUCAAUAUUUUCUUCCAUAGUGAUGAUUCAUUUUUCUGAGUUGGUCUCUCAUUUAAGUUUUCUGGUCUGUAUUUCUUAUCAGAAUUGUAUAUACUCGCAUGGACUGCUAAAUCCUGUUUAUUUUUGAUGAAAAUAUAUACUUUAGAAAUCUUAUCAGACUGUUGAGUGAUUUUUUUUUAAUGUCUGUUAUAGCUCUUCCUCCUUCUGUCCUCAGUAGUGUUAAUCUAAGUGUGUUUGAGUGUAAUUAGUCUUUUCUGAAUUUGUCAUUUCAGUUCUUAUUUUUCUUUGUAAAGUUUCCAGAUCAGAAUGGAACCAAGAUAUUUUGCCAAGGGAAUAUGUUAAUAUGGGAAUAAUGGGACAGUUUAUUGCCUUUGUUGUAUUUGCUAUACCACGGAAAUAUGUUAGGCAAAUGUUCUUAAGCCUUGAAGUAAAUUUUGAAACAUGUUUUUGCUUUUUCACACUACUUUCUAUUUUCUCUGCUUGUUAAUAUUCCAGAUACCUCUGUAUCAAGUGAUCUGAUGAAGGGUCUUGGCCCAAAAUUUUGAUUCCCAACCUUAGAUGCUGCCUGACCUGCUGAUCUCCUCCAGCACAUUGUGUGUAUUGCUCUAGAUUCCCAGCACCUGCAGGGUCUCAUGUGUCCCAUAUACUUGUAUGUUUCUUGAAUAGGACACACAGGUAGGCAGAGAAGGUUGUAUGGUUCUGUUGGUAAAAAAUAAAAUCAAAUCAUUAGAAAGAGUCGGAAUGUGUUGAGUCAUUGUGGGUAGAACAGAGGAAUCGCAAGAGUGAAAAGACAC